AUGGCCGCCACGCUGUCAAGCGAACAUUUCGACAAUUUGCAGCUUCUUCUAAAGGCGCCAUCCAAAGAGUUGGUGAAGGACUUGUGCGCGCAAAGUUACGAAGACCCAAGCGCCGAGUUGACUCGCAAGGCCUCCGCCGCGCUAGCUGUCCCCGAAGCUCAGGCGGCUGAGCUGCUCCGCUCGCUGCGCGCUCUCUCCGCUCACGUGGUCUUCCACAACCUGAACUCUCCCGCGCACGUCGUCCAAAUUUUCCCCGAUAACUUCCACGCCAGCCUGAAGAACCUGCUCGCCAAGAUCUUGUUAGAGAACAGCGCUGCGUGGAAAGCGGAAGCUGUCAAGAGACAAGCCUCGCUUCCCCAGCUGAAGUCGGUGGAGUGGCGGGUGGACAUGGCGAGCGGCUCGGACGCGCUCCGUCGGAUGUGCGUCCCCACGUGCCUGCUCCGCCUUCAGACGGAGGACGCGCGCGAGGAUUCCGUCUCCGUGGCCACGGUGGAGCUGAGCCGGGAAAGUCUGGACACCAUGUUGGACGGGCUGGGACGCAUCCGGGACCAACUGUCUGCGGUCGCCGGGAAGUGA